UAUGGUACAGGGUCACAGUACUCAAGACUCUCAAAACUUGAGUCUCUCAGACUCCAUUAGUUUAUUGUCUGUUGAUCCUAAUGACAUCACGCCCACUUACUUAAUUGGACAUUCUAUUGAUGUCCUGUUAGCUGAACCAUUCUUUGUUUUGAUGACGUUACCAUGGCACCCUCUCUACUUCUGGUAUGUACGGACUGCACUAGAUCCUCUUCUGUCAACUGAUUGUGCAAUAACUCCAGGCUCCGCCCACUUAAUGGGAAUAGCCGUUAAAUUUGAAAACCUUCAUCUAUUGAAACAUUCUCUUGGAAAAGUUAAAGAAUUUUAUUUAACACCAUGUGAUGAUGCAGUAAUGGAAAGUAUUCCUGAUAUUAAUAAGUCCUUGCCCCCUGAGUUCACUGUGGGAAUAUCCCACCUAACCCUCAGCGGGGUCCAGACACUAAUGAAAUUUGACUUUACAUCACCGGUUCCGAAAGACACAAUAUUGAGAGAGAAAGGAAGUUGGUCGUUGACCACACCCACUUCCUGUCAUGGGAUUGUUCUUUGGAUGGAGUACAGUACUGGAUGGACUCCAGUUUUACUGGACGAGCCCAUAUUUGGUCAUAAGUUGAACUGGUCGUCCAAUCAGAAUCAAGGAGUGUGUUUCUUUGUAAAGGAGGAUUAUGAGGGGGAGGGGUCAGUAGGUGUGGCUUAUGAUAUCAGUAUGAACACUGGAACUGGUGACUUGGGUAUGGAAUUUGAACUAAUUUUUUAACUACAAACUACAAAUUAAAGUAAAUGUACUUGUGAUAAUCAAGUGGUUGUUUACCUAA